CUGAACUAUAGCCCAGCAUUAUACACCGUUUUCAUACAAAUCACCACAUCACGUCUCCGGGACUGAGGUAUGGAGCCUUAGUGACCUAUGACUGGCUGUGAAUGACAAAUCAAAAGUCAGCCUUUCAGCAAUCAGCUGAGAUUUUUUUCCCUGCUGAGCUGCAGCAAGGAGAGAAAAGGGAGGAUGAAAGAAUCUGAAAAUAAAGCUCGUGGACAGCAACGGUGACUUCUGCGGCAGCCGGGAGCGAACCGUCAGCGGCGGCGGCAGCAGCAGCGGCAGCAAACAAGGGGUGAUCCCCGCGGUGGUGGCAGCAGCGGCAGCGGCGAGGAGCCCAGUACGACAGCAGCACCAGCCGCUCGACUGCAGCACCAUGGACAGCUCAGGUGCCUCGUCUCCUGACGUAGAGUCUAACUAUGGGGGCGGCCUGUUAGACAUGAUGAAAGGAGGAGCAGGGAGACUCUUCAGCAACUUAAAGGAUAACUUGAAGGACACUCUAAAAGACACUUCCACUAAAGUUAUGCAAUCUGUUGCAAGCUACACCAAGGGAGAACUAGAUAUUUCUUACAUUACCUCAAGAAUUAUUGUGAUGUCAUUUCCUGGUGAAGGAGUUGAACUGGGAUUUAGGAAUCAUAUUGACAAUGUACGAACGUUCUUGGAUUCAAGUCAUCCUGACCGCUACACAGUUUUCAAUUUGUCACCGAAGUCUUAUCGUACUACCAGAUUUCAUAAUAGAGUAUCUGAAUGUAGUUGGCCAGUUAGACAAGCACCCAGUCUCCAUAACCUCUAUGCUGUAUGCAAGAACAUGCACAACUGGUUGCAGCAGAAUCCCAAAAAUGUUUGUGUCAUCCACUGUAUGGUAAGUCAGGCAGAUGGUCGUGUAGCGUCAGCAGUCCUGGUCAGUGCAAUGUUCUGUUUCUGUCAUCUCUUCUCUAAUCCAGCUCAUGCCAUUCAGUUGUUAAAUUCAAAGAGACCUGGGAUAGUACUCUGGCCAUCCCACAGAAGGUACAUAGGAUAUAUUUGUGACUUAAUUGCAGACAAGCCUAUUCAACCUCACUGCAAACCGCUAACUAUCAAAUCGGUCCUCCUCAGUCCAGUGCCCUGUUUCAACAAGCAGAGAAAUGGCUGUCGGCCUUUCUGUGACAUUCUUAUUGGAGAAACUAGAAUCUUCACAACCUCCCAGGAAUAUGAAAGAAUGAAGGAAUUCCGCGUUCAAGAAGGAAAAGUUGUAAUUCCAUUAGGAGUCACUGUCCAUGGUGAUGUGGUGGUUUCUGUUUACCAUAUGCGAUCAACCAUUGGGGGACGGCUUCAGGCUAAAAUGACAAAUACACAAAUAUUCCAGAUUCAGUUUCACACUGGAUUCAUAGCCCUGGGAACAACGAUGUUAAAAUUUACUAAACCUGAGUUGGAUGCCUGUGACUCGUCAGAUAAAUAUCCUCAGCUCUUUCAUGUCAUACUGGAGAUAGAAAUAGAUUCUACUGACAGACAGACUGACCUGACUCCUCCAUGGGAGAACUUCACAACAAAAGAUAUCAACCCAAGCAUUCUUUUCUCAUCGCAUCAGGAACACCAGGACACCCUUGCCCUGGCAGGUAGAGGCUCUGUAGAUGCAUCACAAGAUAACCUUAAGAAUGCUGGACAAGGUGCAUUUUUGUCAUCCCUCAGCUGGCAAGAUCAAAAACUAGAGAGAAGCAGCUCUCAUCCCAGUUCUGAGGAUCGGGCGGCACUGGUACAUGAAGAAAGUGAACAGUCAGAUGAUGAACUCUUAUCCCUCUCCAGUCAGCACAGUAACACCAGCACUGACAAAAUCCAUGGGGCACCAAAGCACAGUAAGAAGCAUCAAGAUCCACCAGGCCCACAACCCCCAGAGGAUGUCGACCUUUUAGGCUUGGAUGGCAGUCCUAUGAGCAAGAACUUCCAAGCAGCAUCUGCAGCACCCCCAUCUAAUUCAGACUUGCUGAGUGAUCUCUUUGGAGUUGGUAACUCUGGAGGACCAAGCCAAGGUGGACAAACAACUGUUGAGGAUGUCUUUCAUGUGAGUGCCACUGGAUCUUCACAAUCCACCCCACGACGGUCUGCAGCUUCAGCAUCACCAUCUUUGUCCCCAAGAGUUGGAGAAGCAACUGCCUUUGACCCAUUUGGGAGUAGUCCUAAGACAACUGCACCAGAUCUUCUAGGCUCUUUUCUUGGUUCAUCAAGUGCCACCACUGAUCCAUUCCUUCAAGGAGCACGGAGUCCUUCACCUACAGUGCAAGGAGACCCUUUUAACAUGGCUUCUUCUAGUACACCAUCUGUUUCCAUUCAACCAGAUGUUUCAGAUGAUUGGGAAUGGCCUAGCAAAUCAGGUGGUCAACAUGUGGGGAGCAAAUCAGCUGCCACCAGCCCUACGGGGUCACUACAUAGUACUCCUACACAUCAAGUCAAGCCACAAACACUGGAUCCUUUUGCUGACUUGGGGGCACUUGGUGCAAAUCUAGCAGGUUGUCCUUCCUUCGCUAGCAAGCCCAGCACACCUACAGGAAUAGGUGGAGUAUUUCCUCCUAUGGGAUCACCGCAGAAACCAUCUCCCCAGCCAAUGGGAGGCAACAGCUGGCAACAGGGCACUGGGUAUUCCUGGCCACAAUCGCAGACCAAACCCCAACAAAACAUGUCACAUUCCUCUCCACAGAACAGGCCUAAUUAUAAUGUGAGUUUUUCUGCAGUGCCUGGUGGCCAAAAUGACCGUGGAAAAGGAUCAGGCAGUUCCGACACCAAACCCAAAGCGUCUGCUGAUUUUGAGGACCUCUUAUCUGGCCAAGGCUUUAAUGCUCACAAAGACAAAAAGGGACCGAGAACAAUAGCAGAAAUGAGGAAAGAAGAAAUGGCCAAGGAGAUGGACCCUGAAAAGUUAAAAAUCCUUGAAUGGAUUGAAGGGAAGGAGAGAAACAUAAGAGCCUUGUUGUCCACAAUGCACACGGUGUUAUGGGAAGGAGAAACAAAAUGGAAACCUGUGAGCAUGGCAGAUCUUGUUACUCCGGAGCAAGUAAAGAAAGUUUACCGGAGAGCAGUGCUUGUUGUUCAUCCUGAUAAAGCUACAGGGCAGCCAUAUGAACAAUAUGCAAAGAUGAUUUUUAUGGAGCUCAAUGAUGCCUGGUCAGAAUUUGAAAACCAAGGCCAAAAGCCCUUGUAUUAGUGUACUUCUUCAGACAUUGCUGUAGACCUGUGCUAGUGCUCAUAUAGUUCCUUGCCACAAGAUUUUCACAGCUGAAUUGGUAUCUGGCUAGAAAUUUGGAAAUAAUAAGACUAGUCCUAAUACUAAAACCUUUAUGGAGGCUGCUCCUUGUGUAUGCCAUGAAUUACAGAUACAAAGAGAGGAGUUCUAGAGAGUAAUCUUAUAGUGUUGUUUCAGGUAUAAACAGGGUAGGUGAAGAUGCAUUCUAGAAAAUUGGGAUUGUUUGUCUUGGAACAAGUGAGGUGAAACUAAUGGUCUCUCUCACUAUUAACCAAAUAGAUCCUGUGCCACUAGGGAUGUGGCUUAGUCUUGAAAGAUUGUAUCGAGGACAAACUUUGUCAAAACAAAACAACAAUGUUCAUACGUGGUUAUUUGCUAUACACUGAACUAUUAUGAUAAUUUGUCCCUUCAGUUAUUUCUUGUAGUACAUUUUCUGAAUCUGACAGCUAGGAAACUGGAUUAUGUCUUUGGCAACUUACUGCUGCCUUAAGAAUAGUACUGUAUUUCAUGUUUCAGAGAAGCAGAUAACUAGACAUUCUACACCAACAUAGAAUUUGGGAAGUGUCUUUACAUUAUUAUUAAUUUUUUAUGCACGCAGAAGCCAGUUAAAGAUAACACCCAAAUCACCAGAGCACUAAGGUUGAUUGCGGUUCACUAAUAUAAAAGUAAGGGUGUGAAUUAAUAGCUUGAAAAAGCUUUUUAAAAAUUCCCAUUUGAAGAAAAUUCUUAAAACCCUGCUUCUAAAACAAAGGUGAAUCUUUGCCUUCUUCAGCAUUGUGAAGUUACAUUCUCAAUUCAAAUUGUAUUAUUUAAACCCAAUCAAAUAUCUAAAGUUUUCCCAGAGCAUUUAUGAACACAAGCUGAUACUGCAAUGUAGCUUCACCGUCUGAACCUCUGUAGGUAAUUGAUAAAUUCAUGUAGUUUUAUCAGAUCUGAGGUAAGCAAAAAAAUUGGAAACGUGCUUACAAAAGUUAUAUUGGCCCAGUAAGCAAUAAUGUUAUAUUCACAUGGUGGUAUCUAUGAUGGUAAAAAUAUGUACUCUCCAUCUUCUUACAAAACUGAUUUUAUAUAGCACUUUGAAAAGUUUCUCCUUUUGCAGAGAAACUUGUAAUGGCAGUUUCAUUUAUUGACAUUUCCUGAGUGAAAUCCAGUCUCUGCCAUGCAUGGGGUAGAUGAAUAUUAUGCAAUCUCUUCCCCUCCAAACAGUUGAUAAUUAAGCCAACUUGCAACAGCCAUUUGAAACUGGGUUGUUUACACAGGUCCAUCAUGUUGAUAAAUUCUGAUGAGACAUCUCUCUUGAAAACUAAAUAUCUGCAGUUCGUUGAAUGAAUAGUGGCACUUGAGUCCAUCACUCAUUGGAUCCUGUUAUAUAGCCCAUUUCCUGGAGAUGUUGCAAGGUAGCUAUAAAAGUCACUGCACUGAAGAAAAAAAAAGGUCAUCUGUAUCUGCUUAGUAGAUUGGCAGAGGCUGGGCAGAAAGUUUUCCACAUGCAAGGAAAGAUUUCUAGGUGACGUGAAAAUCUUGGUCAUAUUGGUGUUUUAAGACAAUCUAUUUUUCUGUUCUUGUUUUCUUUCUAGUGGGAAACCCUUUUCUGCAGAUACAGCAUGUCAACCAGCCUACAUUUAUUUUUAUAUUAAAAGGGCAUCUUUUUGUUGUGUUCAUCCAUUAUUUAUUGCCAUUUUACUGCCAAUGUGAAACAAAACACCAAGCUCUCCUUUUUUAUAUGUACAAGACAUUAAGAUGUUUGAACAAUUAUAACAAACUGGAUGUUAUUUAUUAACAUAUUAUGAAAUGUUUUGAUCAAGUAUGUGCUUGUCUAUUAAAAACAUUUUGAAAUGUGAAUCAUGUUCCUGUGACUUGUUUUAAUACCACAUUCACUUCUGUAGAUAUAGUGUGAAUUAUGCUUAUGAAUGGAUUCAAUUAAUGUAGCAUCAUUUUUUGAAAUUACAAAAAUGACAUUAGCUUUGUACAUCAAACAUUGUUUUUAAAAAGCCCUGGAUAACUCAAAUUUUAACAAAAUAAAAUAUACCAUUUAAACUUCAUCUAGUUCAGUAAAAAGAAACCUUACUCAACUUAAAAACCACCUCUAACUGCAGUGUUUUUAUGGUGCGUGAAAGUGAGACCUGCUAUAUAUCAAAACUACUGAACUCAAAACUUUUUUCUUUUCUUUUUUGUUAUAC